AGAGGGAGCGCCAGCGCCGGACGCCUCGUCGCUGGCUGGCUGGGUGGGUGGGUCUGCCCGGCCGGGCCGCUCUCACUUGAUAGGUCCAGCAGCCAUGCUGGAGAGCGCAGGUGGAGCGGGAGCGGAUUCUAAAGUGAAUAAUCAGUCAGAAACUACUAAAUGUGCAAUGGAAAGUGGUGACGGGAACGCCGGGAUCCAGACCAAUGGAUUGGACUUUCAGAGGCAGACGGUGCCAACCACAAGUGCAAUCACUAAUGCACACGCACAAGCCCUCCUCCAACAGUCUAAGUCGGAAGACUCGGGCGCUCUCCCCACCUCCGUCCAGCAGAGCGUUCUGCCUCAGACCCAGCUCAUGUUGGCCGGGGGACAGAUUGCCGGCUUGACCCUGACCCCGGCGCAUCAGCAGCUGCUGCUCCAGCAGGCCCAGGCUCAGCUCCUGGCUGCAGCCGUGCAGCAUUCAGCCAGCCAGCAGAACAGCACCACCGGGGCCAGCAUCUCGGCCUCGGCGGCCACGCCCAUCACCCAGCUGCCCCUGUCCCAGCCCAUCCAGAUCGCCCCCCAGCUACAGCAGCAGAACCUGAGCCUGCCGCAGUUCGUCCUGGUCCAGCCGGGCCAUCCGAUCGCCACGCCGCUGCAGGGCGCUCAGUUCAUCAUCUCACCGACACCGCAGGCCCAGCAGGGCAUAUUGCAAGCCCCAAGUCUUCUAAAUCAACUACCUCAAAGCCAACCGAACCUCCUGCCGACUCCACCAAGCAUCACCCUCGCAACUCAGCCCGCCACUCCGACCCGCACCACCGCAGCCACGCCCAUCCAGUCCCUGCCCCACAGCCAGACUCCGCCCAAACGGCUGGACACGCCCACCCUGGAGGAGCCCAGCGACCUGGAGGAGCUGGAGCAGUUCGCCAAGACCUUCAAACAGAGACGCAUCAAGCUGGGCUUCACGCAGGGGGACGUUGGCCUGGCCAUGGGGAAGCUGUACGGAAACGACUUCAGCCAAACGACCAUCUCUCGUUUUGAGGCCUUGAAUCUGAGCUUUAAGAACAUGUGCAAACUCAAGCCAUUGCUGGAGAAGUGGCUCAACGAUGCAGUUUGUGCAGAGAACCUGACGUCUGACCAGGCCCUGUCCAGCCCCAGCGCCCUGGGCUCCCCGGGGAUGGGCAUGGAGGGGCUCAACCGCCGGCGGAAGAAGAGGACCAGCAUCGAGACCAACAUCCGAGUGGCCUUAGAAAAGAGCUUUCUGGAGCAGAACCAAAAACCUACCUCUGAGGAGAUCACCAUGAUCGCUGACCAGCUGAACAUGGAGAAGGAGGUCAUCCGGGUCUGGUUCUGCAAUCGCCGGCAGAAGGAGAAGAGGAUCAACCCGCCGAGCAGCGGCAACACCGGAGGAGGCGGCACACCCAUCAAGACCAUCUUCACCCCCAGCAGCCCCCUGCAGGUGGCGAGCACAGCCAGCCUGGUGAGCAGCCCCACCAUCACCACGCCCACCACCCUGACCGUCAACCCCGUGAUUCCGCUCACCAGCACCAGCGUCUCCACCCUGUCCUUCUCAGGCACAACGGUUGGAGCUACGAACACUGCGUCUGUCAUCUCCACUGCUCCCAUGGUUACCGCCACCACCAGCUCGCCGUCUUUAAGCCCCGCCCCCGCCGCCGUUCAGUCCACGAGCACGGAGAGCAAGGCCGGCACUCAGGCGCAGACGGUGGUCACCCAGGCCCCGUCGUCGAUAGCGACCACCCUGGGGACGGGCCAGGUGAUGGUGGCGGCGCCGGGCUUCUCCGCCGCGCUGCAGGGCGCCGCCGCCCACAUCCCCACCAGCGCCAGCUUCGCCGCCAUGGCCGCCGCCGCCGCGGGGCUCAACCCGGGGCUCAUGGCGUCCUCUCAGUUCACUCCAGGGGGCGCCCUCCUCAGUCUGACCCCCGGUGGCCUCGGUAGCGCUCUCAGCCCCGCGCUCAUGAGCAACAGCACGCUGGCCACCAUUCAAGCUCUGGCGUCCAGCGGCACCAUCCCCAUCACCUCCCUGGACGGCAGCAACCUGCUGUUCGCCAACACGUCGGCCGGCAGCACGCCCAACCUGGUGACCACGCCGCUCUUCCUGAACCCCCAGAACCUGUCGCUGCUCACCAGCAACCCGGUCAGCCUGGUGUCGGCCGGGGCGGCGGGGCUGCAGGUCACCGCCGACGCCCACCACCAAGCCACCACGGCCGCCGUGCCUGUGCAAGCCUCCACCAUCACCACUGCCUCCAAGGCUCAGUGAGCCGCCCCGCCAGCCCCGCCCCCCCUGGCCUCUGGGCUCCACUAACCUGCCCUCUUUCCAUUGUACCUACCAUUAUUUAAUCCUUUUGCUGCCACCAAAAAGAAAACGGCCUUAAACGAGGCCGUGUUUGACUCUUCUGUUUAUUCUUGUCUUUUUUUUUUUUUUUUUUUUUUCAAUGAUUCUUGGAUGUUUUUUCUUGCAUUCAGUAGCCAGAUGGACACUGUUGUUGGCCUGCCGCUCUGCGUGAACCUUGACCCCGUGUCCUCGUUCACGUUUUGUACAUAUUAUCCUCCUGUUUCCAGGUCAGAAUUUUCUCUGAAACACUUCGAACCAAAAAGGACAAAAAACAGAAACAAACUCUUUCUCUUCUACUGCUCAGAUUUUACUGAUUUACUACUAAUUUCACGAUGGUCGUCGUCACUAACGGGGUUUCCCUGGGUCACCCUAUCUCACUCUCUUUUGGAUUCUUUGGACAGGCCUUGACGUAAAUCAUAUCAAAGUUAUAUAUUUUUUUUUCCUUUAUCUCUACUGUCUAUAUUUUUUUUUGACGUUUUCUGAACUUUGUAAGUCUAAUGUUAAGUUAAUAUUUUAACUAUCACUUUUUAAACGUGGUUAAAAGGCUUUAAAAACGAGUAAUAAGUGGCCGAUAUAAAGGUUAUCGUUGCUUUAAGGGUGGGAGGACCGGACCUCCCGGUCUCUCUUCUGGAAACACUGAGUUUUACAGUCUGUCAGCGCGGCUGGACUGAAAACACUGAGAGCUUUAAGACGAGCUGCAGACGGGCUGCAGACGGGCUGCAGACGAGCUGCAGAUUGACUGCAGACGGGCUGCAGACGGGCUGCAGACCUGCUUUAGACCGGCUCGCUGCGUCUCAUGAACGCCGGGUUGUGUUGCUUUGUGAUCCUGUACAUUUCACGCGGAUUCCGGCUCUGCUGGCUCUGCUGGCGGUUCGUUCCGGGGCUGGAGUCUCGGCCGGCGCCCUGAACGUACAGAUGGGUUAUUGUAUCGUGGUUUAUUUUGUUGUUGUUUCUUUUUUGAUAGUAGUACCGUCGUAUCUACUUGUGCACAGUAUCUGUACCAAAAAACUGGAUUGAUGAGCUGCAGUCUGCCUGUUCUGGGAGGAAUGAAACCCGUCUUAUCUUCUGUCUGCAGUCGGUGGACUGGCUUACGUACUUUAAGAUAUACCAAAAAUAUUUGUUCAAAUAAUUGCUGUGUAGUCGGUGUAGCUUAGUCUAGUCAAUAUAUUUAUGAGUACAGAAUCUCUCCUCAUCGUCAACAGAAUAUAGAAAUGCAAUAUUUUGAUGAUCAUUUUCCAAAGAUGACAUUUUUCUCCUUUUAAUUUGACCGUGUGCGUCGUCCUUCGACUGUUGACCGGCAGCACAGCCGACCAGGAGGCCCAGUGGCUGGUGGGCCGGGAUGCGGCCGUUGGGUUUUUCUCCGUGGCUUUUGGGUUGUUUGAGCUCAGACCUCCAGGGCCUGGCCUGCCGGUCCUCUGUGGGUUUUGCUUUUAGUUUCCCUCCUGAUCCUUUGCGCUCGCAGUUUGGAAAAAGGGUUUGUUUUUUGGUUUGGUGGUGAUAUUCAGCCAUAAAACAAGAGCUUUGAACCAAAGUGGGUUUUCCUCAGCGGCCUGCCGGGCCUGUCUGAGCACGCCGUUCGGUUCCUUCUAGCUUUACCGCUGCGUCCCGCAGAGAUCAGAGUCUGGACGGCGCCGCGCCGCCACCAAGCCUGCAUGUUAGGGAAGAACGCCGCGCUCCAAUCAGGAACACUGCUAACUGUUAACGAGCUAAACUACACACACACACACACAGACACACACACCUGCUCUGCUUCCUGAUCAGUUCCCACAUCGAUGAUUGACUCUGAGACCGUCGGCGGUGAAAUCGACCCUCUUGAAUUCUUCCUUUCUGUUGAAUUGCUUUGACUGAAAAUACCUCAGCAGGCCUCCAAACGCGCUCCAGCCGUAGACGCGGCGGUAGAAUGUUUAAGUACUGCGUGUCUUAUACCCAUCCAUAGGAAGCGUCGAUCCACGGGACAGCGACUACUGCUCUUUUCUAGAACUACUACUUCUGGGGUGUUUCCGGGUUGAUCUGUUGUUUUUUUUUUUUUGCCAAAGUGGAAGCCUUUCUCCGCGCGGCGCGGCGGCUGCCUGGCCGCUCCUGUUUCCCGCCUGCGAGGCCACCGGCGGCCACCGGGGGUCACCGGAGAGCGCCGUCCCGCUCCAGUGCUGUUUUCUACUUACUUUAGGAGUCGGCUCGCAGCGUGGCGCCAUAGGAUGUUACUGAAAUAUUUAUCUGAGGAAAGAAUUAGAGAAGCGGAUCUUUUUCUUAAUUCUAUACAUAUAAAUAUAUAUAUUAACACUUGUAAGAUAUUCAUAUUUUAUAUUUGAACCGGUAUGUUAUCAGACUGAAUGUAGUGUUUAUCAUGCUUAUUUCAAAGGAAAAAAAAAAAUCCCCUAAAUAUUUUUUUUUUAUAUGUUUUUUUUUUUCUUUGUGAAUUAGCAUUUCUAACUGUCAAGACCAAAAAGCGAGGUGCUGGAAGGCGAGCGUGGGCGCGCUCACACACGUCCUGUGGUCGCCGCCAGCCUCUGGAGCGUCUGAUCUUAAUCUGUGGCUUGGUUUGACCUGAUUUGGUGUGCUGUCUUUAACAAUCAUUUGACUUUUU